AUGGCGUCCAAGAAAGCAUCCUUGAGCAAGGCGGCGGAGUCCAAGAAGCGCAAGGCCGCCAAGAAAGAGAUCCAACUGCCGGCGCCCAAGUACGGGAAGACCGACCAGACGAUGCCGCCGAAUCAAGCCAGCGCCUGGAAGCCAUCCACCUUGAAAGAGGAUGAAUUGAACAUGUAUGUCUCCAACCCUCCUCCGCCUGGUGCAGAUGUCACGCCCUGUAUGCAGUCCCUUGUGGCUGUGCAGAGGGCACUUGAAGAGGAGGAGGAGGAAAAAGGGAAGGAGAGGAAGGAUUCACCAGACUGGUCCUCCUUCAGCAGCUCUGACUCGGAGUCUGUUGAAAAAUUUGUUGUGAAACCCUAUCUUUCUGACAAAGCAGGGUCAUCAUCUGGGAUGUCCAAGCGUGCCGCGAAGGACGUUCAGGAAGUUGAAGUGGCGCCACCCCUGAAGAAGCAUGUAGUCAAGGUGGAGAUAAAGGUGGAAGAAAUGACUACUGUAGUUGUGGAGCAGAGCCUGCCAACUGUAGAAGAAGUCCCGGCAUCGAGUACUCAGAGGAAGGAGACGACAACUAAGGCUGGCGAGGAUCCAACUGUGAUCCGGCGAGCCGCACCAAAGAAGUCAUCACCUACCAUCAGGAGACUGUGUCUGGGAACUGAACCCACCAUCAAGAUUAAGAGGUCCACCAAGAAAUCCACCAGUGUGGAAGCCGAGAGCCCGAGUACGAAGUCUGGUGCUGAUGGCAGUAGCCGCUUAGCCCAGAAAGUCAUCCCGGAGUCUGGUGCUGAUGGCCGUAGCCACUUAACCCCCGAGCUCACCUUGGAGCCCGUUGUUCCGCCGCCGAAGGAUCAGCCCGCACCCGAAGUUGCUCCAGUGCCAACCCCCGAGUUGCCAGAGACCGAACCCGUCGCGAAGAGUACUUCCGCGGUGGUGAUGCAGUUGGUGGCCAUGAUGCUAAAUCCGAAUGCUGAGCCGAAGCCGGAAGCCGAGGUGUAG